AUGGCAUUUCAUCGACCACAUCCCAAUCGAAUAUCUCGUGGGCCAAGCUCUGAUCGGGAAUCGGAAUUGGAGCAGGUAAAUCAAGCUUUGAGAGAUGAGUUAUCUAACGAAGUUUCAAUCAAUAGGUCAAAUGAAAAAUAUAUAAAGAAUCUGGAACAACUGGAACGGCUCGAGAAUGCUUCGGAGGAAGAAAAAGCAGAGUUGAGAUCGGAGAUAUCAUCCCUUAAAAGAAGCUUAUAUCAAGCUAAAAAGGAUAUCCGAGAUAAGAUAUCCUAUAUCGAUAACAUAGAGAAACAAUUACAAGAAUCAGAAGAGCGGGUUCAAAAUCUAAGACAUGGAUUCAAAGUUAUUUCUUCUCGAAGAAGCUCUCCAAGUUUAUAUAAUUCAGAAGAGGAAGAUACAGAUAUAGCACAUAUAGAUCCCUUUAUAAAUAUUAGAAGAGGGUUAGGUCGGCUCGAAAAUCAUCUUAGAGGUGGUACACCAUUAAAUAAUCCUACUAAUAUUAUAGAAGGCAUUAGAGGUUCUGUUCGGCAUAAUUAUCAGUCUGCAUACCAGGAUACAGAUUGUGUUAUUGCUCAACGAGAUGACAGAGAUAAUCGGAUAGUCCAGCUACAACAGGAUGUCAAUUUCUAUAGACAACAAAACGCCAAUAUUCAGAAUCAAACCGAGUGCCUAAUAAAGACCCUCAAAAUCUCAGAAUCAAACCAAUCAACUUAUUCAGGAGUGAGAUACCUUCAAAACUAUGUCAACCAACUUAUACCAGAACGAGAUACCUCGCAGAAUCGUGUCAACCAACUUAUACCAGAACGAGAUACCUUGCAGAAUCGUGUCAAUCAACUUGCUCAAGAUCUUAAUAAUAGCCAACAAAGAUAUAAUUUGCGAGGGCGUUUGUGGUUUAAUGCAAGUCUGAUAUGGGAUGAACAGUCAAAACUCAAACGUGUUCUUGAAAUUAUUUAUAAGGUAUUUAUUCAUCGCUUAGAACAGGAGCUACAACAAUGCCGGGCUGAUAAAGGAUUAUUAGAAUAUAAUCGAGAUCGGCUCUUUGAUAGAUAUUACAAUAAAUUCAAGGAUCGGAAGCUAUCCUCGCACAAUAUUAAACCUUCCUUUUUCUUUCAUAUUGGAUAG